AUGUUGCUCAUGACGAUCUCGGCAAACCACGCGCAAACCGAUGCUGACUACGAGCUGGUGUGCGAGAAUGAUUCAAAUUUGGAUCGAGGUGACGGACUCUGUGAUGACUACUUAAAUGAGCCCCUUUGCAGAUACGAUGGCGGCGAUUGUUGCAGCUGCACCUGCGAUCGGUCGCUUGUGGACAGCACAACAGAUGACUCCGGCUACGAUGUCCACCCGUGCGGAGACAACCUGUUCAACUGCAUCGAUCCUAGUGCUCCUGAUUUCGACCGCCUACCUGUCUACGGCUGCGGCAGCAUGCCAUCGGUUCCUCCUCGCUGCCCAUCGGAAGGGCAGAGCCAAUGGGUCGUGGAGGACACGGCGGGGGCAUCCGCUCUAGCGAAUGCGGUCAGCAAUUGCUCCGGGGGGAAUUUCGAUGUGGACUGGAGGGGGCACGUCUUUGUCAACACUACGCUCUGGGUGGUGGAUGGCACGUCUCUCACGGGCACGGCGGUGUUGGUCCAAGACUCGAACUUGUCUUGGAGCGGAGAGACGCUGUUCACGAACAACACCGAAAGCGGGUGCAUAGACGUUAGGAACUCUCACGUUUCAUGGAGCGGCGUGACCAGCUUCGAAAACAACCAUGGCGGCACUUCAAGCAGUGUUCGGUCGGUCAUAUCCAUAAGCAGUGCGGGGUCUGUGUCGUUCAGCGGCCGCACACAAUUCGUGAACAACACGGCCAGUCAUACCGGGGGGGCAGUUCGUGUCGGAUAUGGCGCCGCCCUCGAGUGGAGCGGGCCAACAAUCUUCCACAACAAUACCGCCAGCACCAAUGGGGGAGCCUUGUACGUCACAGACGGCAAUGUUUCUUGGUCUGGCCAAACUUUGUUUGACGGAAAUUCCGCAAUCGACGAUGGCGGGGCCUUAUUUAUCGACACCGGCGCCACGGUGACCUGGAGCGGAGAAACGACAUUCGCAGGAAACAUGGCCACUGUCAACGGAGGCGCUAUUGGAACAGCACUGGAGCCCGAGGUGGGCGGAUCACUUGCCUCGCUCGUGGUGAACGGAAGCACGGCCUUUGUCGACAACACCUGUGAAGGCAGCGGUGGCGCGAUUAAGACCUCCGGCGCCGUGAGCUUGGCGCUCGAAGACGUGGUGUUCACGGGUAACUCUGCUCAAUCCAGAGGCGGGGCCUUGUACAUUUCCAACACUGCGGUGGGACCGACCCUUGUCGGCUUGACGUUCACAGGCAACACAGCUCACACCGGCGGAGCGGUUUACGUCACAGCCAGCGGAGUCGACGCUGUUUUUGGAGAUGGGUAUCCCACCACGUUUGCCGGGUGUUACUUUGCGGACAACUUUGCGGACCUGUCAGGCGGGGCUAUUGACUCUUCUUCCGGGGACGACAGCAUCGAGAGCUCCGACUUCAUCAGCAAUAAGGCCGUCAUAGGAGGGGCGCUACGGCUUGCCGGCAACGAUGUAUCGAUAAAAUAUUGCACGUUCGACGGCAACGCAGCCGGUACCGUGGACGGAGGACCGGCUGUAUCGAACGUCGGCGACCUGGACGUUUGGAAUUCGGUCUUCAGGAGGAACUACAUAGAGUGCCCUCCGGGAUCCUUCGUUGACUAUUACGAGUCAGAGGGCGGGCGCUAUGAAGCCGUCUGUGAUGGCUGUCCGGCAGCCGACGACGGGAUCACCAUGGGGGUUGAGAACCUGGUCCCAACAUGCACGGAGACGCUCGAGAACACCCGAAGCGAUGGCGCCAACACUUCGAUAGAGGAUAUUCGCAUCGACCCCGGGUAUUGGCGGGCGACCACAACCACCACUACAGUCCUUGCUUGCUACAAUGCCGACGCCUGCCUUGGGGGCAUCACGGGGGAGGCUGGCUACUGCCGGGAAGGGUAUUACGGCCCGUACUGCGCGAUCUGCACGGAAAACUACGGUCGAACUAUGGCUUUUGAGUGCACCAAGUGCUCCUCUGGCGAGGGCGUCGCCGUCGGUGUAAUUUUCGUUUCGGCUUUGGCAGUGGGGGGCGCCGCGUUGGUGGCUUACUUGGUGUCGAACGAGCGGGAGGGGGGCGGAGGCGGGGGCUUGAUCGUCCUGGUGAAGGACAAGGUGUCUUUCCGGUCGCUCAAGAUCGUCGUCGUUGUCUGGCAGAUUUUGACCCAGUUCUCGGACGUGGCGAACGUCACCUACCCUCAUAUCUACCAGCGGUUUUUGGAUGUCAUUGACGUCCUCAACUUCGACAUUGGGUGGGUGAUUUCAGCUGGGUGCGUCGUCGACUUCGACUUCCACGAUCAUCUGCUGACGGCCACUAUCGGGCCCAUCAUCGUCGUGGGUGUCCUAGGCGCGACCUACGCGGCGGCCUCGUAUCGGAAUCGUGGUUCGGAUGAAGCCAUCGCCAGAGUCUUCCGCAAGCACGUUUCGGCCGUGCUCCUGGUGACCUUUCUUGUGUAUUCAUCGGUGUCGUCGACCGUAUUUCGGAUGUUCGUGUGCGACCCACUCGCGGACAGCAAUUCCUAUCUUCGUGCGGACUACAGCAUCCAGUGCAGCUCCACCAAGCACCGAGCUCUGCAGAUCUUCGCCGUUUUCAUGGUCCUAUUGUAUCCCGUAGGCAUCCCUCUAUUUUAUGGCAUCCUCCUCUAUAAUACCCGCGAGGCACUCAAAGAUGGGUCUUGUAGACAGGCGCAUCCACAAGCCAAAACCAUCUCCGCUCUUUGGGAACCGUACACGCCCAAGCGGUACUACAACGAGGUGGUUGAGUGUGGCCGGCGGAUGCUGCUUACUGGGGUGGUGGUCUUCAUUUAUCCCAAUAGCGCGGCUCAGAUUGCUAUAUCUCUGCUGAUGACCUUCGCGUUCUUGGUCAUAUCCGAGGUGCUUGCUCCGUUCGCUUCUGCUUGGGAUUGCUGGGUCUCACGCUGCGGACACAUCUUAAUUUUCGUGACCAUGUUCGUUGCGCUCUUGCUCAAAGUUGAUGUCUCGGACGAGCGUGAAGGUAGCCAGAGACUGUUUGCAGGAAUCCUUGUGGUGACGAAUUUGGUGUUAUUUGGCGCCGCCGUGGCGGAGAUGGUGUGGAUGUGGUGUGCGGUCAAGAUGGAGGAGAAUGGAUCGCCGUGGUCUGGAAGAGUCCGUGGCGUAAAGGACUUCGGCGUUGUUACCUCGCGCGCAGGCGGUUCUGAGUGCUCGCUCCCAGAACCGGAAGUUGGUAGCAUCCCCCCCCGCUCAGAAACAUGA